AUGGAGAUAGGGUCGUCGUCCACGGUGGCCGGAGGAGGACAGCUUUCGGUGCCUCCGGGUUUCCGUUUUCAUCCAACGGAAGAGGAACUUCUAUAUUAUUACCUCAAGAAGAAGGUUUCUUAUGAACCGAUUGAUUUAGAUGUUAUUAGAGAAGUUGAUCUCAACAAACUUGAACCUUGGGAACUUAAAGAGAAAUGCAGAAUCGGGUCGGGUCCUCAAAACGAGUGGUACUUCUUUAGCCACAAAGACAAGAAAUAUCCGACUGGGACCCGAACGAACCGGGCCACUGCAGCCGGGUUUUGGAAGGCUACUGGUAGAGACAAAUCCAUACAUCUCAACAGCUCCAAGAAGAUUGGACUUCGUAAGACUCUUGUCUUCUACACUGGUCGUGCUCCUCACGGCCAAAAGACCGAAUGGAUCAUGCACGAAUAUCGCCUAGACGAUAACGAAAACGAAAUCCAGGAAGAUGGGUGGGUUGUUUGCAGAGUAUUCAAGAAGAAGAACCAUUUCAGAGGAUUCCACCAAGAACAAGAGCAAGAUCAUCAUCAUCAUCAUCACCAAUACAUAAGCACUAACAAUGAUCAUGAUCACCAUCAUCAUCAUCACAUUGAAUCCAAUUCAAACAAUCAUUCUUCUUUGAUCCCACAUUCUCUAGAUCAUCAUCAUCAUCAUCAAAUGGGAAGGCAGAUACACAUGCCAUUACAAGAGUUUGCAAACACUUUGAGCCACGGGUCAAUGCAUCUUCCUCAGCUCUUUAGCCCUGACUCUGCAGCAGCCGCGGCUGCAGCAGCAGCAGCAGCAGCAGCAGCACAACCGUUUGUGUCGUCAAUCAACACAACGGACAUUGAAUGCUCACAGAAUCUACUGAGGCUGACUUCUAACAACAAUUAUGGUGGAGACUGGUCGUUUCUGGACAAGCUCCUCACUACGAACAACAUGAAUCAGCAACAAGUGCAGAACCAUCAAGCAAAAUGUUUUGGUGAUUCGAGUAAUAACUGUAACAAUGAUCAGACUGUUGUUACUCACGACCACCUGGGUAAUAACAAUGGUGGUUCUUCAUCUCCAGCUAACCAGAGGUUCCCGUUUCACUACCUGGGGAACGAUGCUAAUCUUCUCAAGUUUCCAAAGUAGAUCAAUCACAUUUGUUUUUAUUACGCUUUUGAAUUCACUCUCUUCUUUAAGCUGUGGAAC